GGGGGAAAAUUGAAGAUUAGGAGAAUUAGCACUUCAUUUUUAAAACCAUAUAAGUUACAUUUUAACUGCAAACUACGAGUCCUUUUAAAAAAUCUCAAAAAAUUAUUUACAUCCCUCAAGUUUGACUUAAAAAUCAAACUCCCCCUCGUAUUUUAUUAGUAGUCAUUUCCUCCCCUCUCAUAACUGAGGCGAGUACGGUAUUUGAACUUACACACGCAAGUGGGCGUUAAACAAAAGAUACCAAUACCAAGUUACACUACACUUCCCUCCCAAUAUAAAAAUCCUCUCUCUCUCAACCUCUUCGAAACAUUCAAAAAAUCUCAUAAACGAAACAAAAAAAAAAAAAAACCUCUCUCUAAAAGCACCAAGAGAAAAAAAUAAAAAAAUCUCCGGCGAAUCUCCGACGAUGGCCGUACCGGAAAAUUUAACCAGAGAGCAGUGCCUAUACUUAGCAAAGCUCGCCGAGCAAGCCGAGCGUUACGAGGAGAUGGUAAAAUUCAUGGACCGCCUCGUAGCCGUCUCGGGUUCCUCUGAACUAACUGUAGAGGAGCGAAAUCUCCUCUCGGUAGCGUAUAAGAACGUAAUCGGUUCACUUCGAGCCGCGUGGAGGAUAGUAUCGUCAAUUGAGCAAAAGGAAGAAGGGAGGAAGAACGACGAACACGUGGUUUUAGUGAAGGAUUAUAGAUCUAAGGUUGAAUCUGAGCUUAGUGAUGUUUGUGCUGGAAUUUUGAAGAUUUUGGAUCAGUAUUUGAUUCCUUCAGCUUCUGCUGGUGAGUCGAAGGUGUUUUACUUGAAGAUGAAGGGAGAUUAUUAUCGUUAUUUGGCUGAAUUUAAAGUUGGUAAUGAACGUAAGGAAGCUGCUGAGGAUACUAUGCUUGCCUACAAAGCUGCUCAGGACAUCGCCCUUGCUGAGCUUGCCCCAACACAUCCUAUACGACUUGGGCUAGCUCUCAACUAUUCAGUAUUCUACUAUGAGAUUCUGAAUGCAUCAGAAAAAGCAUGCAGCAUGGCUAAACAGGCCUUUGAGGAAGCUAUUGCCGAACUGGACACUUUGGGGGAGGAAUCCUAUAAAGAUAGCACCCUUAUCAUGCAGUUAUUGAGGGACAAUCUCACUCUCUGGACUUCCGAUAUGCAGGAGCAGAUGGACGAGGCUUGACAUUAAACUGCUCCUUCGGGGGGUGGGCUCAAAUUUCACACAGCAACUCUGUAAUCUACGUAUGCAACUGAUAGCUUUUGUAAUUUUAUUUCUCAUGCCUACUUUGAUAAUUAUCUUAUUCAAACUCUGGUUUGAAACUUAAUAUUUUUAAUUUUAUUUCUCGAGCUUCCCUUUUUUGUU